UGUAAAAAAAAAAAAGGUAGGUUCUGAAGCAUGAACCAAAUUUGACUGACUCAAAGAUGUUGAAAUUCAAAAUUUGGCCGUCCUCAAAAAUAUUUUUUGAUCCAAUGCUGAAGUUUCUUCCCUUCCCUAAAUCAGAUAAUUUCCUAUGUGCUUUCCAACUGCCACCUCAUUCCAAUUCUUAGGACUGCUACCAAGGCUGCUACAGUGUUCCUGACAUGUGUACGUCAGAAGAUAAUGUCUAUUUAGUAUAUUCAAGCCUAUGUGAACAGACAAAAGCCAAAGGUGAAUAGUGAAGCUCUGAUAAGGAAGUCCACUUACGUUUUGUCAUUAGAUGUUCCUUAAAAAGGUAACCACUUCUCUGCGCUAUUAUAAAUUUCCAAACUUUGGGCUGUAAUUUCUGUUUUUAGAACAGUUCUUGAGGGAAUAUUCCAUGGUUUGCUGAGAAACCAGUUCUUAGGACCAAGAAGAGGUUCUUCACACUCUGAUUAAGGGUAGGACAGCCAUGAUUACAGCUGCUGGUAGCAAGGGCCCGAAAGCAGUGCAACUAGACAGGCCUGUGGCCAGACACCACAUCCUGAAGAGAGCAGGGGGCUCACAGAGGCAUGAACAAACCGCAGUUUUGAAUAAUAGGUCUGUGCUUUGCUCCUCCUAAAGGUACCCAAUGGCUUGGGUGUGCACUGAAUUGAAUCAAGGCUUCCACUGUCCCCCUUUUGCAGAAGUAAUUACCUUUUGAAUGUUAUGCUCUAAUGUGGACUGAACAAGGCAUGCUGUUCUUUCUGCACAACAGCCUCCCAAGUGCCCUGAGCUCCUGACUGGUCAGAGAGAAUACUUAAAAGGCCGACUUUUAGUAGCCAGUUUAGACACUAGCUUGGAUAGCCCAAAAUAAUUGUCUAGUUGAAACACAGAGAUUCAGGUAUGGCUGAGCUGUCCUGUGUCCUCUGGGUUCUGGCUCUGAGAGAAAUUGGUAAGGGACCCUAACCCUAACCCCUGUAAUCCACGUGAGUCAGGAAACCUCUCACGCACCCCUGCUGUAUAGACCUCACCAUGGAUUGUCAAAAUAAACGACCACAUGCCUGCCCUUUGAACCAUUCUUACUGAACCACUCCAGAUGAAUUCUGGGGCCAGAUUUAAAAAUGCAGUCGAUACACACACAAAUAUCACAAAAGCUGGACACCUAGCACAAGGCAGGAUGCAUAUGCCGGGUAACUACUCUUAACACCUCAUAACGGUCAGAGCAGAACACUUACGAGAGCAGUAUUUGGCUGAUGACAUAGGUAAUAAAGAACUGUUGGGCAAGUGCAUUUGGACUUGGACAACAGAAGCAGAACUUUAAAGAGGAGAUGGAUGGGAAAGAUGAAUGAGAACCAAAGAAAACUACUGGUAACCUGAAUGAGAAAAGUCCAAGAGGUCACUUUUACAGAGAACCUGAAGUUCUUGAAAUUUCUGCCAGACAAGUAGGAGAAAUUGCAUUUUGUUAAUAAUGUUGUAUUCUCUGACAUUUAUGCUUUUUAGUGAAUUGCAAGAAAUAUUUCCUAGUAUCUUAGAAAAAUAUAAAUAAAAUUUCCUUUUAUUUCAGUUAGGGAAGUCAAAAUCACUUACAUUAUAAAGAAUUUAUACUGAUAUCUAUGGGGUAAAAAUUAGCUUAACAAAGUCCGAAGUUUUCAAAGAUAGAAAAGAAAUGGGCUUGAUUUCUUUUUUAGUCUAUUCUGCUGCUUUAGAGCAGAGAACAGGAAACUGUCUGAAUGCAGUUGAAAGUACUGUUGCAUGCCAUGCAUUCUCUUCUCUUUCCUUCCAGUUCCUGUGGCCUUGCAGAACCACUUUGAGUCACUGUUUUCUCCCUUUUCAAAUUCAUAGAGCAUUUAAAGUCUGUACCACACAUCACCCAUUAAUCUGAAUUCUUGGCUUGCUUGUGCAAUCAUUCUUGAAUUUCCAGAGGCCCUAAAUUAGCUUGUGGCGAAUAUGCUUCUUCUGUGACCUCCACACACCACUAGAAACAGAGUAGGAACUCCAAAAGUUGUUAAAUGAAUUGCUUUAUUUGAGAAAAACACAAGAGUGCCAAAAAUCAAAAUAGAGGAAGAAAUGGCAAAACUUAAACACCUAUGCAGGCAGUCUUGCCUCAUAAAUGAUCAGUUGUCUGACAAUCAUGAAGCAGUACUUCUGACUCUCCCUCGGUUCAAUGGUUGACUGACACCUGUGGUAGCCAGCUUCCAAGAUGGCUUCUGACAGUCAUCACCUCUAUUCACCCCUCCCACACUGAGGCACUGGUGGCUCUGUGUGACCAACAGAAUACUGCAGAAGUGACAGUGUUGACUUCAGAAGCUAUAUUAAAAAAAAUGCAUUGCAGCUCUGGUCUUGAGUCAUUUGCUCUGGGGGGAGCCAGCUGCCACGCUGUGAGGACAGAUGGCUGCGUGACCUUGGACAACUUAUGUGACCUUUCUGGGGCUCAGUUUUCUUCACCUUUAAAAUGAAGAUAUUUAUUUCACAGUACUUAUUUCCCAGGGGAUCGAGAAGAUUACAUAAGGCAUGCAUGUCAAACACAGGGCAGGGUGCCUGGCACAUCAGCAGCUUUCAUUAAACGUGGCUAAUACCCGUAGUGGUGGUAGAAGCUGCAGUAGCAGCAAUUGAUUGGCUGGGAGAUGUGAAGAUGAGAGAGGGAUCAAGGAUGACUCAUGAAUGACUGAAGAACUGAUAGUAUCAUUUACUGACUUUGGGGACAAUGGAGGUAAUUUACUGAGUUUUGGGACCAAAGGUGCUUAAGCCUCAAACAGGUCAUAGUAAAAUUAUCUUUCAAUCACUUAUAAACAGCAUUCCAUUUCUUUUCUUUCUUCUCUCAAUUACUUCAAACAGUUUUUUGUUCUAAGUAAUUCCUUCCUGGAAUUUGAAAAACUGUUGAAGUAAAAAUGACAGGAAUUCUAGAGGUCGAAUUACUUAGUGAGUGGCCGUGUAACCCAGGAGGAAUCACUGUUCUUAAUUAAGAACAAGUGGCAAAUGUUGCAGAUGAAAACAGUGGCAGAACGAAAUCCAGACACUCAGGUAAUUCUCACUUUUGUUUUAGAGAGUAAUAUUAGCAGACAUUAGGAAGAAUUUAUGAAAUAAGCAUUGGGGAUUCUGAGAAAUGGCAAAGUACUUCUAUUAAUUUUAAAUGAAGAUUUACUGAUAACUAAAGUGCUCAGGCUUGAUGAAAUGAGAUUUCUGUUCCCAUUCUCAGACUCCCACUGGUUUAACUACCCAAGGGAGAGUAGUGCAUGAUGCAAGUCUGACUCCCCCGCUGCACACACUUAGUUUUCAUUUAGUUACAGAUUCAUGGAGUGAUUGAUGAGAUAAUACUAUACAUAAAAUUGGUUUCACAAUUCCUCAUAUCAUAAUAUAACUAUUCAUUUUAUCUGAGGUAUAUUUGGUCUUUCAGAUUCCUGCACUUUCCAGGACUCCCCAAAUCCAUUACGAAAUGCUCCAAACAAUGUACUACUUUGAAUCUGAAUGGAGGCAGCACAGGGUAAUUUGAAGUAGAAUGGGUUAGUUCAUUAGUAACUAAGUUGGGAACCAAACCCCUGGGUACCUGUCUGUGCUUACAGUGUGCUGCUCUGGGCCUCACUUCUUUAUCCUUAAAACAAAAGGUUUCCACCCAUGGAAGAUCAUGAAGUUCCACUCCAGCUCUGAGAUAUUCGAUUCUGGUAAGCUGCUACAGGCAGAACACCGAGUUUUGUUUCCCUUUAUUCUUGAUAAAGAUGAAUUACAAAGAGGUCAUCAGGAAACAGUUUUAGAGACAAGUUUGUUCCAAUAUUUUAUUGGGUUAUUAUGGAGUGGCUCCUUCUAUCACUGUGUUGUACAAAACUAACUAGCUGUGGGGCUUAAAUCUUUGAACUUCAGCCAGGCAUGCUAAUAAAGCUAACUGAGGUGUAACCAGUUCAUGAAAUAAUCAUAAGGAAGUACAGUAUAAUAGUGUCCACUAACUUCCUCCCACUACAAAAAUAGAGAAAUGAGGGUUUUUUUUUUGAGGAGGUAGUUGUUACAUUUACCAUAACUUUUGAAUUUCUUCAAUACUCUAUUUAAUUUCCUUUUCUUCCCGCUGUACUAGGUGUCAUACAAGAAUCUAUUCACACUGACUAGAGCUGAAGGACGAGUGAUGAUUGGAGAAUUUUAAGUCUGAAAAGUAGCACCACUACCUUGAACAACAAAGCCUGGGGUUGGCAUAAACUUCUCGUACAGACCAAGGCAUUAUCCACAAUAAUCAUCUUCUUGCCUUUAUUUCAACUGGACAGUCCUGAUUAGAAAAGGUGAGCAGGCAUCUAUACUUUCCCUUUCCACCUAAUACAUAUAUGUUUACUGUUUCAUUUCAUCCAGUGCUUUUAAAAAAACGAUUUGACUUAAAUACCAUCUACAAUUUUAAUGUUAUCUGCAAUUCUGUUCUAGCUUCUGUGACAAAAUUCAAGAAAACUUGAUAUAAAUGAGUAACAACUCAACAUGUAUUCAGCCAUCCAGGAUCUCUUCCAUGGCUUUACCAAUCAUUUACGCCUUCCUUUGUAUCAUUGGUCUCUCUGGAAAUACUCUCUCUCAAUGGGUAUUUCUAACAAGAAUCGGUAAGAAAACAUCAACGCACAUCUACCUAGGACAUCUUGUGACUGCAAACCUACUUGUGUGCAGUGCCAUGCCUUUUAUGGGUAUCUAUUUCCUGAAAGGUUUUCAAUGGGAAUACCAUUCUGCACAAUGCAGGGUGGUCAAUUUUUUGGGAACUCUAUCCAUGCAUGUAAGUAUGUUUGUCAGCCUCUUAAUUUUAAGCUGGAUUGCCAUAAGCCGCUAUGCUACCUUAAUGAAAAAGGAUUCCACACAAGAGACCACUUCGUGCUAUGAGAAAAUAUUUUAUGGCCAUUUACUGAAAAAGUUUCGCCAGCCCAACUUCGCUAGAAAACUAUGUGUUUACAUAUGGGGAGUUGUACUAGGCAUAAUUAUUCCAGUUAUUGUAUACUACUCAGUUGUUGAGGCAACAGGAGAAGAGAACGUGUGUUAUAAUCGGCAGAUGGAACUAGGAGGCAUGAUCUCUCAGAUCGCAGGCCUCAUCGGAACCACCUUUAUUGGAUUUUCAUUUUUAGUUGUACUAACAUCAUACUAUUCUUUUGUUAGCCAUCUGAGAAAAAUAAGGACCUGUACAUCCAUUAUGGAGAAAGACUUGACUUACAGUUCUGUGAAAAGGCAUCUGUUAGUCAUUCAGAUUCUACUAAUAGUUUGCUUUCUUCCAUAUAGCAUUUUUAAACCCAUUUUUUAUGUUCUACACCAAAGAGAGGACUGUCAGCAAUUGAAUUCCUUAAUUGAAAUAAAAAACAUCCUCACUUGUCUUGCAUCAGCCAGAAGUAGCACAGAUCCCAUUAUAUUUCUUCUUUUAGAUAAAACGUUCAAGAAGACACUAUAUAAUCUCUUUACAAAAUCUCAUUCACCACACAUACAACCCUCCCAUUGACAUCUGAAUAGAAAACACCACCAAAUAGAAAGUGUCCUUAUGACUCAGUUGGGACUCUAAACUAUAUGACUAACAGGUCAUAGCUUAGCUGGUAACAGGCACUGAGAAAAUCUCUUUGAUCUGUAAAAGUAAAUAAACAAACAAUCACAAAACUUACUUUACAGUACUACUUAUAUGGAAAGUUGAGAUGGCAGAGACUUUCAGAGGCAAAAACCAAGCAUAUUGAAAGGAUCCCACUGCAUAUGAAACCCACAGACCAUUUUCUGUUGAAACUCAACCAUGGAUGCUUCUGUUCAGAAAACAGUAUUUCAUGACUGUAGGAUAAAGAAGCAAAUGGUUUAUGACUUUUGUGCUGUCUAGUAGUUAGAAUACAAGGGUCCAUCUAUGACUAGUAUUUUGUUGGUAACUUUAAAAAUGAGUGAAAGAAAAAAGUGAGUAAGAAAUUUCCACCUAUCUAAAUAUAUGAAGACUACAGUACAAAAAUCCAGGGUUUUAUAAACACAUUAUUUAUUUGGUUUUAUCUGGUGCAUGUUACUGGGAGAAGCAAUAUUCAUGGAUUCUAGUAUGUAUUAAGCAGAUGUUAUUUAAAAUUAAGCUUAAAUAAUUGGACUAGGAUUUGUAAACAACAUAAAAGGCUAAUAUGAAGUCAUUAUAUGCUGAUCUUCACCACAUUUUGUAGAUUUUCAUCUGUAUUCAAUAUAAUGUUGUUAUUAAUGACAAACAGUACCUGGCAUGUAUAUAUGUUCAAUUAAGUUUUGUAAAAUAAGUGAAUGAAUGAUAAGGAAGUAUAAUAGUACUGUUUGUUGAGAGACUGUUCUCUGUUUCAAUCCUAACUCUACCUCUUACUUAGCUGGGCAAUCUAAGGCAAAUUACCCUCUUUGGAUAUUAAUUUCUUCAUUUGUAGAAUGGAAAUAUGCUCUGUAACUCAUAGGUAAUAUUAUUAAAUGAGAAGAUGUUACUAUUAUGAGUAGCUAGCAUUUACUAAGCAUUUGUUAUGUGACAGGCACUCUGCUUGUUUGCUUUACAUGUAUUACUUUAAUCAUCACAACCUUAAAGUAUGCCAAUUUACUAACAAAAAAACUGAAGUGCAUAGUUAAGUAAGUUGCCCAAAUUUUCUCCAAUAUCUAAGUAAAUCUAAAAAUAAGCAUUUCUUAAUGGUCAUUUCUUUCUUCCAUGUAAUCCUGUAAGAUAAAAGAUGGUGACUAUAUUCUGUACUAUAUACAUUAUAAUUAAAAAAUUUUUAAUGUGUCUUUUAUCUUCCCAAAAAGAUCAUAAGCACCUUUGGAGCUAUAGUCUAUUUUCUACUUCUGUUUCCACAGUACAUGCAUCCUCUGCUCAGAUGAGAACCAAACAAAAACAGCUGAAUAAAACUGAAGUUGAAUAAACAUUAACUGUAACCUGCUACUUAGACUGCUUAAAGACUCAUUUAUUCUCUACAUGGCAAUUUCUUCAGUGCUCAAAAAGAAGUUGAAAGUAAGUUCACAUAGCACUUCCAAGCCUUUAAUCUUAUAGCAUGUUUUAUUCCUGAAUUAAAAAUGUAGAAACAAUUCACUGCAGAUUCUAGAGCCAUGUGUUCAAAAUCACUAGAGGUUUUUUCCAACACAUCUGUGUAAUUUUCAUUAAGAAAAGAACAGAAAACAAACAGUAAAUAUUUUUUUCUCCUUUUACUUCAAUGCUUAACUAAGAAAAGAAUAUGUUUAGAGAAAAGUCUAAAAGAACACAUGUUGUCUUCAACUAUUUACAGUGUACAUCUUUUAUAGUAGCAAUCUGAUUUCUGGCUGAUUAAUUUGCAGAGACAAAGGCAGACCUGGGAACUCCAGGUGACUUCCUAAGUGCUAGCUGUAAACAGAGGUGCCCAAUCUAGUAAUUUCAUAGACAUGAGAAUCAGAGUAUCUCCAAGUCGACCAGGAGAGUUCCUGACACAUUCCACUUUCUCCACAGUUAAACCAGUACUUUUAUCUGUACGCAAGUUUUAAACCCAAAACCCAUUAAAGAGGAAAUGAGAUGAUCAUCAAUAGUAUUUGUUUAACAUAAGUGAUACUAUAUUAAAUCUCACUGCACUUAGGAGUUUUAAAAAUAUGUAAAAUGACUAAAAGAGUCAUUAAAAAUAACUUUACAUCACCAAUGUAAACUUUAAAUAGAAGUUUUUCCCAAAGUAGAGUUUCCUACAUUUAAAAAAGGCAGGAAAAGAUGUAUGUAAUUUCUCUUUAAGUUACUCAUUCUGAUAGAAAAUUCUCUUUUUAAUUCUCUUUACUGAACUAGUUAUCACCAUGUUUAUCUUUACACCAUAGAUUCUUUUCUGAACAGGUAGCUGUAAAUGAUGCUGAAUUUUUUGUGUAAUUGAAGAACUGGCUAUUUAAUGUCAUGCUAAAUAUUUUAUGUGAAAUACUACUUUCUAAAUUUACCCUAACUUUAAAGUAUAGGUUUUCAGAAAAACAGUGUUUCUAAUGUGUCUGUGGAUUACAGUGAAACACAAUUUCAGAAACCUCAAAUUUUGACAGAUAGGCCAAUAAGAUUAUAUCUUAACUAUAGAAAACAGGCAUGACAAAUGUUAAUUUCCCCUUUUAUCCUUUCCAUAUAGACAUUCUCAUUAAGACAGCUUUCAAACUAUUAAUCAGGAACACAAACCAUUAAGAAUAGACAAGCAAAAUUAGGAGACCAACUCAACCUGGAAGUGAGUUCCUACUCUCUGGGUAGAAAUGGAAUAUGUGAAUCCUAUUCUGACUUGAUAAGGACUUUCACAGACUAUCUUGAGCUUGCAGUCUGCAGGGUGGGAGUUGUUAUGAACAAAUUUGGGAAGACAAGUUGAAAGGAAAUCUUGCUUGACAAACCACAAAGGGAGCACAGAGGGACACUGGUUAUCUGCUAGGCAUUUCCAUCCUGCAGCCUAAUGCCAUGAACCUUCCUCUGACUGCCCCCAAAUUCAAAUUGAGUUGGUAGUAGUGGGAAGAGUUACUACAGUAAAAAAGGUUUUACACCCAACGGAAAAAAACACUUUGGCUAUAACACACAUACUUGCUCCCCCGAGCUAAGAAGGAGAGGAGAACUGAAAGGACUUCCACCUAAUAAGCAAAACAGUCCUUUUUUUCUUUUUAAAUCAAGAGGUUGGCUUUUUUUUUUUUUGGAAGUGUGGGGUGGGAGAAGAGAAGCACAGCAGUUAGAAAUACAAGAUGAAUUUAAGAUGACCUUGAAAUUCAUGAGAUUUUUCUAAGUACAAUUAUUAGAACUCCACAUUCAAGCUGAACAUGCACAUUAUGUUCUCAUCAACUUAACAAAAGUAAUGCAGAAGAUUAACAGUGUGCUUUUUUAUAAUAAAGAAUAAAAUAAGUAUGGUUUCAUUUUAAUGAGAAUUUCAAUUUCUUUACACAACAUGAGGGACUUGUGAGAGUUGUGGUAAACUAUAUAAAAGAAAUGUCAGCAACCAAGAGCAACAGAGUAAGAAAUACUGUAAGAAAUUCACAAUGCCACGGUAACUAGUAUGAUGUGACCAACACCUGUUUACAGUGAAGUCUGGCCCUAUAAGCAGGUGAAAGGAGAACCGAGAGCAGAAGGGGACCAAAGAGCAGCCAGGCGUGUUCAUGGGUUUGCGAGGAAAACCAUUACAAGGAAGCACACGCAGAAACGCUUGAGUGGAGGCUCCUGGCUGAGUGUCUAUGAGACUGGGGUUUUGCAUGGUUCUAAGAAAAACUGAGCCUCCAAACUUCCCAGGCACAGGCCCCACUUAGUAUCGAAAGUGGCUGUGUGUAUAGCAGUUUGCAUUCAGAUAAGCUCCUUAACUUCAACUUUGGUUACUAAAAUUGUACAUCAGUAACUCAAAACCACAGGAAGGUCUAAGGAUUGCUUAUGUCUCCACAUCCAGCUGAUGCAUUGUGAGGCUGCCUCCAGGAGCAGGAGAGACAAGUAAAUUCCACUAACUCUCAGUGCCUAACAGAGCCAACAAAGGCAGGCAAGGAGCCAGGAGUUGCAUCUACCUUGACAACUGUACUAUUUCUCACUAAAGUACUUUUAAUUUGGGGGUGAGAGGAAGAAAAGAGAAAAGCACUGAAACAUAAUGAAAGUUUUCACAUCCUUUCACAAGAAAGAGAGAAAUAAAAGGGAAGAAGAUGACAGGAAAAAAGUAGAAAUUUGCAUGCAUGCUUUAGUUAAUGCCUGUAGAGAGGCGAAGUAUGAAAAACAUAACAUUAUAUUUUGACAGUGGGUCUUAACCAGGUGUGAUUUUUGUGCCCCUGGGGACAUUUGGCAACAUCUGGAGACAUUUCUAAUUGUCACAACUUGGAGGAAAUGCUACUGGCAUCUAGUGGGCAGAGGUUAAAGGCAGCAAUACACAGGACAGCCUCCUACAACACAGUACCUGGCCCAAAAUGUUACUAUUGUAGCUGCUGGGAAGCCCUGUACUAUGAAGACACACCUCUCUGAAUUUGAAAGGAUUAUGCAAUUUCAUGUGAACCUCCUUCUCCAAAGCAAGCAGGGUUCACUACAGGUCAAGUGACACCAUAUAGUCAAAUCUAACGAUACAACCAAUCAUUUUUAUUUUUUCAAUUUUAAUUUAUUAUUUAUUAAAGUAUCAUUGAUAUACAAUUUUAUGAUGUUUUCACAUAAACAACACUGUGGUUUCAACAUUCACCCACAUUAUCAAGUCCUCUCCCCCUCUACUGUGGUCACUGUCUAGCAGCAUAAGAAGCUACAGAGUCAUUACUUGUCUUCUCCGUGCUGUACUGCCUUUCCUGUGACCUACUUAUAUUGUGAUUGUGAAUUACAGUGCUCCUUAAUCCCCUUCUCACGCCCCAACUCCUCCCCUUUGGUAACCACCAGUCCCUUUUUGGAGUCUGUGAGUCUGCUGCUAUUUUGUUCCUUCAGUUUUGCUUUGUUUUUAUGCUCCACAAAUGAGUGAAGUCAUUUGGUAUUUGUCUUUCUCCGCCUUAACCAAUCUUUUUAGACUCAAUUAUGGUGAUUUCAAAAAAAAAUGCCUACCACGGAAAAAAAGUAUUAUUAAUCAGUAAAAUGCUAGGACCUUUGGGCAAUGUAAUGCUUCUGGAUUAAUGCCAAGAAUAUCAGGGAGAGAGGAGGGAGGGAGAGGGUAUGAGAAUAUUCCUGCCUAGAUGGAACAGAUGAUUAAAUAAUCUAACUUUCUCUAAAAGGAAUGAAACAUUGGCAUGCUCUUCUCUUUUCUUUACUAAGUAUAAAAGCAGAAAACUUUGACAGAAACUUUAUCUACAAAAACCAAAAUCUACAUACAAAUGAGAUCUACAUACAGAUAAGUCAUUGCAUAUAUAUCUGAAUGUGAAGAAAAACUAAUAGGCUGCUUUAUUAACAAAAACAUUAACAGUAUAGUCAAUGAAAUUUUAAAUUACUAGCCAUGUGAAAUGCAUUGUUAUUAAACUUUUUCACAACCACUACCUUAGAAAACCCUAUAACAAGGUCUGAAUAAAACUACUUUGGGUUACCUAAAUUCCCGAAGUUCUACUAGCAAAUCCUGUUGAUACAACCCUCAAAAUAUAUGUGGAGUCUACUUUUUUCCCUCUUCUACUGUUACCAAUCUGGUUCUGCCACAUAGGACCAUUUCCUGUUUGACCGCUUCUACCUUGAGCCCCUAUUCAGUGUAUGUUCAGCAAAACAAUGUAGCCCUGUUUCUGUGCACAAGUCAGAGCAGAGUCUGUCUUUGCUCAAAACUCUGGAGAAGCCUCAUUUCUCUCAGAGUACAAGUCAAAGUCUCUCCCCUCCUUUCCUCUCUAAUCUCACCUACUAUCCACUCUCCGUAUUGCUCAUUGCCCCUCAGCAAGGCUGGUCUCUGUGCUCUUCCUCAAACAGGCUAGUUUAUGCUCCUGCUUAGCCCCUUUGCACUGGCUGUUCCUUUUACCCUAAACACUUUUCCUUCGGUUAUCAGCUCACUCUCUCUCCUCCUUGGACUCCUUGCUCAGAUGUCAUCUUCUCAAUGUGGCCUGCUUUGAUCAACUUAUUUUUAAAAUAGCAGCCCCUUAUUUAUGCUCAUUGACUGGUAAUUUGUCUCCCUGAACUAGAAAGUUAGCUCCAUGGGGAGAGUGAUUUUGUCUGCUUUGCUCAUUGAUGUAGCUCCGGUAUCCAGAAUAAUACCUGACACACCAUAGGUACUCAGUACAUGUUUUUUUGGAUGAAUUUCCUAAGAAAAACACACUCAAAUUAAAAAUUACCAAUUAGGUGAAUGUGAGUAUUCCACUUACCCAUCUGAAAUGUACAGAUUUCAGGUACUGAAAUAUACAGAAUAUCAACAUUAAUGUGUGCCUUUUCUGGUGCUUUCCUCUCAUUAAUUUGCAGUUUGAGAGUUACUUUCCUCUCCCCUUCCUCAGCAUGUUUCUGGGUGCUUCCUUAAAAUUAUUUGGCGUGUGUUUUAGAGGUAAUAAACUGAUUUAAUAAAAUCCAGUGCAAGGCUAACUUUGAACCUGUGCACACACAAUUUUUUUUUGCUUGAACUGUCUUCUUGUCUCCAUGUAACUAGCCCAUGAUACAAGAUCAGGUUCAAACAUGACUUCCCCCAUGAAUUUCUCUGGCUCUGUUUUUUAAUGAUAUUUCUCACUCUCUACCUUGGAUGAUAAUUACUUGUUUUGUCUGUCUGUGAAGAUGACCACAAACAAGUUCUCUUUUCCUUGUACUCAUAUGUGGCAUCUAUAACCAAAAGGUGCAAUCUCUUUCUCUUCCUCUUGAAUCCAGCCUAGUCUUGUGACCUUUUGACUAACAGAAUGCUGGGGACAUGACACAGUACCAAUUCUAGGCCUAUGCUUGAGAGACCUGGCAACUUCCAUUUUUGCUGGUUUGGAGCCCUGAGAAACUGUCCUCCUGCAGAGGGGGGCCAUGUGGAGAGGGAGGUACCCUGAAUGAGGGACUAUGAAGAGGGCCUAGCCAGCUCCCAGCUGUUCUAGUCACUUCAGCUGAGAUACCAGAAGAGUGACUGAAGCCUUCAUGGACACUAGCCAUGCCGCCUCAGCCAACAGCUUGUGAAACAGAAUUAAGCUGUCCCCAUCAAGCUCUGCCAAACUGCAGAAUUGUGAGCAAAUAAAUGGUGUUGGUUGUUUGAAGUCACUAAGUUUUGGUGUGUGCUGAUCUGCAGCAGGCUGUAAUAGAUUAUUGCCUCAUCUCCCUGCUGAGACCAUAAUACCUGUAGGGCUCCAAGCACAGUAUUCUGCAUGAAGUAGGCACUUGAAUCUUUGUUGAAUAAAUCAAUCAGAAAAUAAAUGAGAAGGUGAAGCACAGCAUUUGAAUGUAACUAUUUUGGGGUAUUAUUUGGUUUUAGAUUGUCAUUAUAGCACAUAUCAUGGCUAAUCAAAAGUUGACAUAUUAUUCCAAGUAUUAUGGUAAAGUAUGUUGUCAAUCAUUAUUUAUUACAUGAUGUUGAAAUAAUUACCUUUCAGGAACAAUUCAAAAUAAAGUUGCCUCUUGAGCAAAAAAGCAUUUUUAAUACAAUGCUAUUACAUGAAGAUUUUUUAAACUAAGACAUUUUAAGCUUUCAAACUGUCAUUUUACCAUGUAUUUUAUAAUACAUACAAGGAGAUAUAUUUUACUCUGUAUAAUGCAGUCUUAUAUUAAUUGGAUGCAAAAGAAUAACAGAGUGCUACUAUCAUUGACAAAUUUCCCCCUUUUAUCUUUCCACAAUUCUUAUUCUCUUUGUAUAACUGAAGAAUACAUUUUUUUAUAGAAGUGCUAUGUAUCCAUCGGGUUGUUCAGUGUUGAGUGUUGAUAAUAACUAUCAUUUUCCUAUCACCACAUUUGAAAAGAAUGAAUAAGAUAUUUACAACUAAUUUACACUGAUGUGUAUUUUAUACAUUUCUCCAGUGGUUUUCAUUUGCUAUUAUAAUGUUCCACUAGAUUGUUUUGGAAUUACUCAUGAUUUCCCUCAGCUUUUAACCACAAGACUUUCAGUUAAAAUUUCCCAAACGUUACAGAAAAUUUAACUGAACUCUACUUAACUUUCUUAACCAUUAAAAUACAUUGAAAAAGCCAGGCCUUUGAUAAUAUGUGUUGAGGGAGGAGAGCACCAUGUCUGUGGAUGCUGUGGGUUAGAGAGAGGCCAGUGGCAAAACACCAGAGCAUGCAAGUGGGCAACAGGGCCAGAGGGGUCUCGGGGCUCUUAGUGAUUCGAGGCCUUGGAAAGGACUGGGCAUCAGGAGGAAAGCCCACUGGUCUCCUUUCUUGCAUGCCUCCAUGUCCUGCCUCACAGUGUUAUGAGUCAGGGACUGACAGUUCUCGUAAACUCGAUACUGGGAUCAAACAGGCAGAAAGACUGAAUAAUGGUAAUAUAGUUACAGUCCUAGAGGUACCAACUGUAUGACAUUUAUAACUAUGAUUUCAGACUAUGUGUGAAGCUACCUGCAAAGAAAAUAAAAUGCUGACUCUUCUAACAUUGCAACAUUACAAAAAUAUAAGUGUAUAAUAAAAUUUUACUAUGUAAGCCAAAUUCUAAUUUUCCCCCCAGUUCAUUACAAAUAUUGUUCAGCUCUUCCUACUUGUUGGAUUUUUCAUUUCUCUUACACACACACACAAUGGCAAAAGAGGAAUAACAGAAUUUUAGAAUGCAUUUACAUUUUAGUAAGGAAACUGAAAUUAUAACAAGGUGUUCCUAUUGAGAAUUAAGACUGUGACUCUCCAAAUACAAAGCAGUUAUUUUAAUUCUUAUUUGUAAGUAAAAUUAACUCUAAGAUGCUCUCUAUAAGAAUAUUAAAGAAAAGUUUCUGAUCACUAUCGUUGUAAGUCAGUUUCUCUUCACAAAAAUUAAAGUUAGUGAUAAAA